AUGCCUUUGAAUCGUGCAGAAUCGCUGUCUUUCACCUCUGAUUCCUCUCGGAGUGAUAAGUCUACCCUCUCAGACACAUUGGAGCUAGUCGAUGACCCGUACACGCGAGAACAGCACAAGGUGUUCGGCGCGGAAGUGCUGGAGAUGUGCAAGAGUUUUGGCCUCACGUCGGAAUUGGUGAAAAACAGUCGUAUAUCUGCUGCAGCUCUUUUAAACAAAAUCCUGUUGCAAUGCAAAGAGGACAUGAUUCCAGAAGCUAUCGAUAUCGAGUUCCUUGGCAAGUUGCUGCAGCAAAACGAUCAGUUGCGCAUUGAACUCAGCAAGGCAUUGAAGGAUGAAGACUUCUGCAGGAUUUUGUGCAUAAAGAUCCUGCGUCGAACAAAGCCAACCACCGGUGGAGCAAAUCAGCGUUUCUAUUCUAUCACGAUGCAAAAGCAAGCAACAAUGGCUGCUUGGUAUAGUCCUUACAUUGGCAACGCUCAUGUAGCGCUUUUGGAUGCCAUCAAAGAGAUGAAUCGCACUCGCGGGGACCAGGGGUAUGCCAACUACGUCCCCAUUAUUCAGAGCUCGGGAACUGGGAAAUCACGAGUUGUAGAUCAGCUGGCUAGUCUUGUUUUCACCGUUCCAUUCAACGUCCGAGAGGAGAAUGUCGAAAGUGGGCACCCCUUCCCACACCCCGAUGAUGCUAUCCGCGCUCAUCUCCUCGAUGUCUGCAGCAACUCGCCAAAAGAAUCGGAGUGGUUCAAAUUGGAUGUGGUUGCUGCAUAUGUCAAGUUUUUUGAGCAGCUAUUCAUCGUGGUACGUGAACAUCUUGACCAAAGGAUGCCACACUACCGCAAGAAGUACAAGUCAUCUCGGGAGCUCGCGGCAGCCUGGCGAGAAUAUCUCAACCCACAGCAAGACUCUGUAGAAGUCAAUGGCCAGCGAGAAGUUCUUUACAGCGAUGUUGUUUCGCGGCUCGAAAAACGUGAGCCUGCGGGAAUUGGGAAAAAUCUCAAAGACCACGCUCAAAAUGCCAUCCAACAAGGCCAAGCAUUGGUAGAGACGGUUAAUCGGCUCACGAAUCGACAACCGGAACGACAUGAUCUACGAAUCGUGUUGUAUUUCGACGAGGCGCACUCACUAUCAGAUGCUUACAUCGGAGAGACGAAUCGCUACGACGCAUUAUGCAGUGCGUUGAAUCAGCUGAGAACAUUGCCCAUCUUUUGCAUCACACUUUCGACGAACUCCAACCUCACCAAGUUUUCCCCUCCGCAGAAGAGACAUCAUUCGGCUCGCGUGGUCGAAGGGUUGAGCGAUCCUCUUCAGCCUCCAUAUACAGAGCUACCUUUUGAUUGCUUGCCAGAGGGCAAACCUAUCCUUGGCACCAAGGAGAAGACUCUUGCUGAAGUUGCCGAUAUUGGAUUUAUGGCCAUGUUUGGCCGACCUCUCUGGAGUGCGCAACUUCGAGGCGGUGUUGAGAAGAAGUGGCUGUUGGAGCUCGCACGGAUGAAGCUGAUGGGCAUGGAAAAAUACACCGAGGACAUUGACCAGAGCAAGCGUGGUCUUCUGGCUGCCCUCAGCACACGCUUACUUCUAGAUUUUGAGCCAACGCGAGAAGUCUCUCGAAGCAUGGAGGCACAAUUGGUUGAAGCGAAUAUGCGCAUAGCAUACAGUGUUCCUAAACACCGCGAAUACGUUCGAUCAGGAUGCCCAUCGGAGCCAAUUCUAGCCGAAGCUGCUGCCCAAGCAAUGAACGAACUGAAACGAACGGUGCCCGAACAGCUCGCGGACUUCGUCGUUGAUGGUCUUAUCGGGAAAGGAGAGAAAGGAGAACUCGUAAUGCGACUUCUUCUCGUGCAAGCCUACGACAAAGCGGCGAAGAAGACUUGCGAGCGCGACCAAGUUGAUCUAUCCUUCAGCCGGUCUGUGCAUCUCUUCGAUUUCCUGGAGGCCUUGUUCGGCCCGAAGAAUUUGAAAAUUUUGAAACAGAGCUGUCCCGACAACGACUCUCGCGGAAAGAAGUUUGAAGACGCGUUCAAGCACGCGCAGGUGCGCUUCACCCACUUCGCGAGGAACGGUGACGAGAGCUCGUCGACCUCUUAUGGAGCGUACGCCGCGGUCGUGCGUGGAAUGGCUAUCCAGUGCUCGACGAACCAGGACGUGAUCGAUUGUAUCGUGCCCGUAGUUCUUCAAGACGAUAAGCUGAGCGAGAAAAUUAUGUCGGGAAUUCUGAUUCAAGUACGCAACAAGGAGAGGAGGGAGGUCAUCGUUGUCGACGAGGCGACCAUUCGACAUGGCAAAGGAUUUUUCCCCAAGGGUCGCAGGGUGGACGAUAGGCCAUACAUAACAAUCUCUAUGCAAUUGGGAGUGCAGACCAAGGCUUCGAAGACGGCACUAUCCCAAACUCCAAACGCUUCUGCAGACAAGGGCAGGAAGGGCGUACUUUCCACACCUUCCCGCUUCACCGUUCAGGGCCGAUCGCCUCACCACAAAAGAGGCGUACAUCCCCGCUACCCUAUCAGCGUCAUCGGAUAUUCAAAGAAAGUGUUCGAUAUGGUCGACAACAAGCAUCAUUAUGCGGUCCUUCUGGGCGGCAGAGAUCUCCUAGACGAACAUCCGCGACAAGCUGAUGUUUAUCUCACGUUUGUUCGCCGCCUCAAGCCAUACUGGAAAGUUGGGUCACAUUGUUAUGAUUGGAUUGACGAAAAGGAGCUUAACCCGGCGAGAGUCCAAGAGGAAGAGGUUCCCGAUGAGGAAACGUUCCUGGUCGGGGAAGACGCCGUCGAGGAACAAACGGGCAUGAUUGGGGAAGACGCCCUUGAUGAUAAUGAUCCAUUUGCUUGA